GAGCCGCCGCCGAGGACUCAGCAGCCUCCCCCUUGAGCCCCCUCGCUUCCGGACGCUCCGUCCCCCCUGCCCGCCUUCUCCCGCCGCCGCCUUCCGCAGGCCGUUUCCACCGAGGAAAAGGAAUCGUAUCGUAUGUCCGCUAUCCAGAACCUCCACUCUUUCGACCCCUUUGCUGAUGCAAGUAAGGGUGAUGAUCUGCUUCCUGCUGGCACUGAGGAUUAUAUCCAUAUAAGAAUUCAACAGAGAAACGGCAGGAAGACCCUUACUACUGUCCAAGGGAUCGCUGAUGAUUACGAUAAAAAGAAACUAGUGAAGGCGUUUAAGAAGAAAUUUGCCUGCAAUGGUACUGUAAUUGAGCAUCCAGAAUAUGGAGAAGUAAUUCAGCUACAGGGUGACCAGCGCAAGAACAUAUGCCAGUUCCUGGUAGAGAUUGGACUGGCUAAGGACGACCAGCUGAAGGUUCAUGGGUUUUAAGUGCUUUUGGCUCACUGAAGCUUAAGUGAGGAUUUCCUUGCAAUGAGUAGAAUUUCCCUUCUGUCCCUUGUCACAAGUUUAAAAACCUCACAGCUUGUAUAAUGUAACCAUUUGGGGUCUGCUUUUAACUUGGACUAGUGUAACUCCUUCAUGCAAUAAACUGAAAAGAGCCAAAAAAAAAAAAAGAAA